UUUUAUUAAUAAUAUAAAAAAAUGAAAAAUGAAUGAUGACGUUUUGAUAACAAAUGUUAAUAAGAGUGUUAAAAUUUAAAGAAGUGACAUUUUAAGUAAGACACUCCUGUUGAAAUAUAGGAAAUCAUAAUUAUGAUUCUAGAUGAUAAUUGUGUGGUUCACAAUUAUCCUCUAAUCCUAAUAAACUUAGCUUUUCUCCUAUAAAUAGGAGUUUUCUCCAUUGUAAUCAACACACCUUCAUUACACCAUUAUCACACUCUCUAAUACACCUCUAUCACUAAGUGUUCUACUAUACUUUCUCUCCCUAAUCUUCUGCUCAUUUCCUUUCAUAUUAUAACACGUUAUCAACACGAAUUUGCUCCAAAUCCCUGAAAUCAUCAUCUUCCGAACAGUUCAUCCAUGGCUAAUAUUAGCAAAAGAGAGUUCGACAUCCUUGAUUUAUCUGGUCAAAAGUACUUGGAAUGGAAAGUUGACGCUUUGGCACAUUUAAAAGCAAAUGCCCUCGAAAACAGAAUUGCUGAAAAUAAUUCGGCUACUCCCCAAAAUAAGGCAAAAGCCAUUAUCUUUCUUCGUCACCAUCUUCACGAAAGUUUGAAGUCUGAGUAUUUAUUGGUAGAUGACCCUAAAGAAUUAUGGGAUAAUCUCCAAGAAAGGUAUGGCCAUCAAAAAAAGGUCCUUUUACCAAAAGCUCAAUAUGACUGGAUCAAUUUACGAUUCCAGGAUUACAAAUCUAUAAGUGACUACAAUUCUGCCUUGUUCCAAAUAACAUCAAAAUUGAAGUUAUGCGGACAAAAAGUCACUGAUGCCGAAAUGUUGGGAAAAACUCUAUCCACUAUGCAUCUUUCAAAUAUGCUUUUACAAGAGCAAUAUAGACAAAAGCACUUUCAAAAGUAUUCUGAUUUAAUAUCAGUAUUACUACUUGCUGAGACGAAUAAUGACAUUUUGAUGAGAAACCACAAUAUGAGACCCACGGGUUGUAGCCCUUUUAGUUUUGGUCCACAAAAUCAUGGUUCAAAACAUGAAUCAAAUGCAACCCAUAGUGGUGCUCGUGGACAUUUCAAACGUGGUCGUGGUAUUGGUCGUUAUAAUGGACCUAACCGGGGAAACAAACAGAGUAGUAGCUCUUACGAAGGCAAAGGAAAGCAAAAACCCCAUCAAACAAGAGGCCCGACGAAAUCUUCAGAAACGGCUAAAGUCAAUUGUUUUAAAUGUGGCACGUCAGGACAUUGGGCAAAUAAGUGUCGCACACCUACACAUUUGGUUGACUUAUAUAAAUCAUCUCUAAAAGGAAAGAACGUGGAAACUAAUUACGUCAACGAAAACGUUCCACCAAUGCCCACAUUUAAUAUGUCUGAUUUCUAUAUGGAUAAUAAUGAGAUGAACACUGACAUCGUCAUGGGUGAAAAAUAAUAAUAAUAAAAAUGAAAUUAUUCUGUUAUGUAAUAUAUUCUACAAUAAAAGUUUGUUGUAUUGUAAUUUUUAUUUGGUAUGCUUGUAAAAGUUAUGUACAUUUUAAUGAAUAAAUUCUUGUUUAUAUUGCAAUAUUGAACUAAUAUUUGUUCAUUUUUAUCUUUUUAAAGAUAUGGAGUUAACUGAAAUUUCUUCAAAUGGCUUUGAACAAUGUUUAAUAGACAGUGCCACAACGCACACCAUUUUGAGACAUAGAGAUUAUUUUUCUCAUAUGACAUUAGUCUAUGCUAAUGUCAAUACAAUCUCAGGUGUUGCUAAACUCAUUGAAGGUUCUGGAAUAGCCUGUGUAAUUCUCCCAAAAGGGACAAAAUUAAUAAUUAAAGACGCUUUAUACUCCAGUAAAUCACGGAGAAAUCUUUUGAGUUUCAAAGAUAUGCGUCUAAAUGGUUUUCACAUUGAAACCAUGUCUGAAAAUCAAAAGGAAUAUUUAUGUCUAACGACAAAUAGAUCUGGCAAUAAAUACAUUUCAGAAAAAAUGCCAGCAUAUUCCUCCGGACUAUAUUAUACAUAUAUCAGUCCAAUUGAGAUAAAUGUGAUAUCUAAAAUUAAUGACCACAGUUCCUUUAUCUUGUGGCAUGACCGUUUAGGUCAUCCAGGCAGCACUAUGAUGCACAAAAUUAUUCAAAAUUCACUUGGACAUUCAUUAAAUAAUGUCAAAAUUCCACAAUCAAGUGAUUUCUCAUGCACUGCCUGUUCUCUUGGCAAAUUAAUUAUCAGGCCAUCUUUAUACAAAAUUGGAGUUGAAUCUCCUGCAUUUUUAGAAAGAAUUCAAGGAGAUAUUUGUGG